UCCUUGACAGCUUUCCCCACAUCUUCGCACAGGUGAAAAGGCUCCAAUCUAUCGUAAGCAGGGCCGUUGCGAUAACAGAGCGGGAGGCUCUCAGUAACUCCCUAGGCGAGAUUGCCGAGGCUUACGAGGAAGGAUGGGAUAGCGAAUCAGACGAAGAUGAAGAUUGAAAUGUUGAGAGUGCGGUGAGCCUGAGGAGUCGUCUUGCGGGCAUCAUGGGUUUGCGGUUAGUUCCAAAGCUUACUGAUGAGCCGGAUCCAGUAUAUCGCAUCACAGAAUAGAGGUGCUGCACUGCGAAUGACAUCGGACUGAUUGUUUGAUUAUCAAGGCUCAGGCUCAGAAGGAGUCGCUUGCCCCCCUCGUCUGCUACUGUAUUCGCAAUGACGCGGGAGCAAACUAUGCGUACCCAUGAACUUAUCGGAAGAUCAGAAGAUCUUGGUGGCGCGCCACAAUCGACGUUUAAAUUGAAUGCCUGCUAUUUCAGGUCGCAGACGGCAACGCUUCCUCACCGCCGCAACUGGGCCAGAGUUCAGGGGCAGAGGAGCCGAGAAAAUAGAGCCGACAGGGGUUCCUCAGAGACUGAUCUUCGAAUGAUCGAAUUCGCCGAGGAUCCUCGCGAACAUGCACCUAUAUGGCGUAUGUGCUUUUCAUGUCGUUGCCGACACGGAGUAUCGUUGAUCGCAUCAUGGAAAUGGAGAAUGUCUCGGUGUUGCCAAUUGUCAAACAUGAUGUUCUCUGUUCCGAGCGGUACUUCAUGUCCGACUGCCUCGGUGCCCCUUCGUCCGACGAAACCGCUCUGUUUUCUCAUUCUCUUCCAUGACUCCCGUUGCUUGCACCACCUCAACCAACCUCGUCAUGAGAACUCCAUGCACUCAAAAGCAUCCCUGCAGAGCGAGGCCAGGGACGAACACUAUUGUGGCCAGGAUUGCCUUGAUCUUUGGAACUUUCCCACCUCUAUCCGUAUCGACUUCUUGAAAUGUUCCCGCCACGCCCGAGCUAUUGGCCAGUGCGGGGGGUCGCUGCGAGGUAGAUUCUGACUUGAAUCAAGUUUCCGCAGGAGUAUUAAAUUCGUCCAGCAGCAGAGCGGGGUCGCCCUGCAGAGCAGGAUUUGACGGACUGAGCAAUGAUUUCUCGCGAGUUGACCACGCAGGAGUGGGCGCGGAGAAACACCUUUGCCCUGAGCUAAGAGACCCGGUGCUUGCAGGAACGGCGUAAAGGGGGCGGACGCAUCGGAGCGAACUCCUGUAAGGUGAUCAUAUGUCGCUGUGCUGUUGCCAUAGAGGCUUUUACACCUAAAAGUUUAGUAGACAGGGUGUGCACGUGCUUUCACUAUAGCAAUACCCGUCUCCGACAUAUAGCUGC